UUUACAUCGUACGCAACGGAAUCAAAACAACAGCGAUCGGAAAGUUCUGCCUAGAAAACGGAUUUGUUUUUUUUACAGUGGCCGGUUUUAGUCGAACGCAAUAAUGGCGGAUGAGAAUGAAAAUUCGUGCGAUAAGUUCGAUGAUGUGAAGCCGGAUAAAAUGUUUACGCUGAAAAAGUGGAAUGCGGUCGCAAUGUGGAGCUGGGACGUCGAGUGCGAUACGUGUGCCAUUUGCCGUGUGCAGGUUAUGGACGCGUGCCUUCGUUGCCAGGCGGAAAGCAAAAAGGACACCCUCGGCCGGCAAGACUGUGUUGUCGUGUGGGGCGAGUGCAACCAUUCCUUUCACCACUGCUGUAUGUCGCUGUGGAUAAAGCAGAACAAUCGGUGCCCGCUCUGCCAGCAGGAAUGGUCCAUCCAGCGUAUGGGCAAAUAGGUCGAUCAUCGCCACCAUGUUUCUUUCCGGCUCUCCAACUCCAAACUUCAAAAACGGCACGUGAGAAGAAAAAAAGCAAAGCAGCAAAAGGCAUCCGAAUCUCGGGGUAAUGUGUUGUACUAGACUUUUUUUUUAAAUAAAUAAAUAAGUGACAUCGCCAGCCAAUGUAA